CUCGCUUCACAUAUAAUUUAAACCCGUAAGCCUGCCAGGACACUCAUUUAUAGAAAGUGAAAUUGGCAGGCCGCAUAGUAAAGCAAAGCCAUGAUAAAAUUAAAUCUACUUACAUUUAUAUAUAUUUAUAGUAGUAUAUUUCAAUCAGGACAAUGCGAAAUUAUUUACACUAAUGAUAAAAGCUACGAUGUAAUACAUUUUCAAAUUCCAAAAACCAUUUGGAAACAGGCAUUAAAUCCUACGCCAGUUUUAAGGCAACAAGCGACUAUCGUGCUACCCAUACAUGUAGAAGAUGACGAUUUAAACGAAGUGGAAGAAGACGAAGAAUAUUUAGAAGUAGUAACUGAAUCAAAUAUAGUGCAAGAUGCAGUCAGUGAAUCAGUAGUACAAGAUGAAAUAGUAAAUGUAACUCCUGCUGUUUUAUCCAAUAUGACAGAGGCGCCUAUACUUGACGAAGAAAUUUCAACGACAGUGAUGCCAGAUAAAGUAAACGGCUCCGUAUUUCGAUUUCCUUGUUCAUGUGUCCGGGGGCAAUGUGGGUGCUGUACAGGAACUAUAAUGGAAAGAUUUAGGAUGAACGCUUGUGGUAAUAUUAGCUUUGUACCGGAAGAUUUUGUAUUUGAUGUCAGAAUGAGUGUUAAUAACAGGACUGUCCUUAGGCGAAGAGUUUCAGCUGACAACCCACCCCCAAUCUGCUUCAAUCCUGGAAGAGCGCCUUUCGUCCGUAUCUGCGCUGAAAUCUCUAAUAUUAGAAUCCGUAACAAUAAUGCGUUUGCUUGUUUGGAUAUCACUGCGGAUAUUGCAGGAUUUCAAAUAUACUCCGCUUCCUUUAGAUGUUUUGGAUUAGGCACAAGAGGUCUUCAAACUGGAUUAAAUCCAAAGCCAAUAUCAUCAGGGCCUGCUCCUGUAAGUCUUUUUGGUAGUAAUGAUGAUGAUGAUGACCGCGACGGCUUCCUUUCCAAUGUCGCUGGGGGCAUCUUUGGCGGAGGAGACGAAGGGGGUCUAUUUGGUGGGGGCGGAGGCAUCUUUGGAGGUGGAUCCGAUGAUGAUGACGACGGAGGGCCGUUUGAUGGCAUAGGAGAUGCCGUUGGAGAUUUAUUUGAUGGACGAAAAUUCCCUCAAAUAUGCAGGCGAAUUCAAGCGUGGAUUAUUACUUCGCGCGCCGUUCGCGCCGCCUCGCGUCGAAAGCUUUCUGCCAUGGAGACCCUCAUUGUGUUUUUAGUGUCAUUUGUUUUGUUUGUAUCACCAGCGUACGGAAACGUUACAGUCAAAGGAAAAACAAACCUAACAAAAACUUCUCCACAAUCCCAAGAUUUAGAAGAUCUGGAAGUUCCCGAUAGCGCCUUAAUAUUCCUAGAACGGGUAAAAUCUAAACAAUUGGCAAGAGUAUCGUUUCGAUCCAGGCAGAGUUCAGAAGUUCAAAACACAACAUCUACACCAGAUGAGGAAGACGAUGAACCCUCAAGGAGAUGUACCUGUUCAUUUGGAGUGUGCAAGUGUUGUACGGGAGCCGUGUUGGAUUUGUUUAAUCAGAAAGCUUGUAUGAAGAUCACUUAUCAUCCUGGGGAUUUCGCUUUCGACGUAGCCAUGUCUAUGAACGACAGAGUACUUUAUGAAAACUCCAUGUCAGGAAAGAACCCGAAACCGGUAUGUAUAAAUCCGCCACGACUAAAUAACCUGAAAGUAUGCGCAAAAUUCUACAAUAUAUUUUUCCCUGGAAGAAACUUUCACUUUUGUCUGGCAAUGACGGGUCAAUGGCGGCAGUUCGAGCUCUUUAACAUGGCAUUUGAUUGUUUAAGAAUGGGUGCAAACGGCUUGGCGAUGGUGAAGCCGGAAGAAAAUGGAGGGCUCCCGAUACCCAACCCUGGAGGGGGGGUAGACGCUGUCGUCGAUUCCGGCGAUGACGACAUUGAAGAAUACGACGAGAACAACGUCAAGUCACUGUUUGAUAUAUUUGAUGAUGAUGAUCGAAAAUAGUGGUCGUCUAGGCAAUGUUUGUACCUACCGACGUUAUUAAAUCAAAAGAGGGUGUUUCAAGAUAAAUGUCACAUUUUCAUAGAAGUCUGAUAUUAAAUAUGACAUUGCCACACUUUGCUAUUGUAAUCCAGUGUAAACUUGGUAUAGGUACUUAAUUAAUACCGUACAACUAAUUACAGAUAUAACUGUAUGAUCUUAUAUUUAUUUUUAAAUAAUAAAUAUUAUAUUAAAUUAUUUUAAAUAUUUUUCUGACAUAUUUAA